AUUUCUGAAGGCGCCGGCGCUGGGCCGGGGACGAAUUCUCAUCUAGCGCGCCUCGCGUCGGGCUGGGCUGGACUGGACCGGGCUACCGUACCUUCCUUCAUCCCACCACGGGAAUCGGCCAUAGCCUUAUUAGCAGCGCUUAAGAGCCGAGAAUCGAGAUCCAGUGCUCGCUAGGUCUUUCGUGUGAGGCAGAGGAGAGAGUGAUCGAGAGCGAUUCGCCGUGAUCUGCGCCUGAUUUCUCCUUCCUUCGCAUUUGAAAGCGAGAGGAACAAUGGCGGUUCCUGCUUACGCGGUGGUUCCGAGAGCUGAGACUCUCGCAUCCUCUUGCCCGAUGACCUCUAAAAUUACCUCCUCGAAUUCCACUAAUAUGGCGAAGUCGCUCGUGCCGACGAGAUUGAGCUCCUCAGCCUGGAUCACGGGACAGCGAUUUUGUGUAAAUUCCUUCUCGUCGAAGAGUUCAGUCAGCUCAUCCUCUGGUACCGGACAGGCCACGACUAUCACCAUGACGGCCACCAUGCCUCCGAAAGCAGAUCGCAAGGUAUCUGGUUUAUACGUCCCUCAUGAGACGCACAAGCAGGUCCUACACUCCAUACCACCAUCGAAAUUGGAAAUUGUGCAGUCUCUUGACACAUGGGCGGAGGAGACAUUGCUGCCGUUCUUGAAACCAGUGGACAAAUGCUGGCAACCGCAAGAUCAUCUCCCGGAGCCAUCUUCCGAAGGGUUCUACGAGGAGGUGAAGGAGUUACGUGCACGAGCUGCAGAAUUGCCUGACGACUACCUCGUAGUUCUGGUGGGAGAUAUGAUUACUGAGGAGGCUCUACCAACUUAUCAGACGAUGCUUAACACUCUCGAUGGCACGAAAGACGAAACCGGUGCUAGUCUCACUCCCUGGGGUGUGUGGACACGAGCUUGGACUGCGGAGGAAAACAGACACGGAGAUCUACUGAACAAGUACUUGUAUUUAACAGGCCGUGUUAAUAUGAGGUCUAUCGAGAAGACCAUUCAGUACUUGAUUGGUUCUGGAAUGGAUCCACAAACGGAGAACAACCCCUACCUUGGAUUUGUCUACACAUCGUUUCAAGAACGAGCAACAUUUAUCUCGCACGGAAAUACAGCGCGUCACGCAAAGGACUUUGGUGAUGCCAAGCUGGCCACUAUUUGCGGACUUAUCGCAGCCGACGAGAGGCGACACGAGAAUGCGUACAGUAAGAUCGUGGAGAAACUGUUUGAGGUCGAUCCCGAUGGUGCGAUGUUGGCUUUCGGAGACAUGAUGAGGAAGAAAAUCGCUAUGCCAGCCCAUCUGAUGUACGAUGGAGUAGAUCAAAAUUUAUUCAGUAACUUUUCCAUGGUCGCACAGAGGACGGGUACUUACACCGCCAGAGAUUACGCCGACAUUUUGGAGCACCUUGUAGCUAGAUGGAACGUACCGAAGAUCGAAGGUUUGUCCGGCGAAGGAAGACGAGCCCAAGAGUUCGUCUGCACGCUUGCUCCGCGCAUCAGGAAGCUGGACGAGCGUGCCCAACUCAAACCCAAGAGAUCUCCCAAGACAGGGCCUUUCAGCUGGAUUUUUGACAGGGAAGUGCAAAUGUGGUAAAGUUCCAAUUUUGAGUGUAAAUCUGGGAAGUACCUACCUACCUAAGGACGGCAAUCAAUGCAGCAACCUUACAACUCUUCGAACUUGGCAGAAAUCAGAGGAAUUUAAAGAGUCAUUCACGGUUCGUAGAGUGUCCGAAGCCUCCAUUGCUUGAGCGGGGUUUUUUUUUGCAACCUUAGGGUUCGAGGUGAAGUAUAGCGGACAGAGGUUCACUUGUACAUAAGCUACACAGCUACUUGUGUGAAUCUUCAGGUUUAUGGCAACUUCUUAGCUGUUUGCAGUCACAGGAAUGUGGUGGAGGGACUCUGUCUAGCAGUAAGGGUUUGCAGGAUGCAGUGGUUACAGUGAGGAGCCGUAGGACGAGUACAGGCUGGCUUGCUCGGUAAGACAGUCUCCAGCUUGUCAGAGUUUUAGAUAAUUCUGAAAUUAUCCAUGCCAGCGGGAGCUAUGUAGCAAGUUCAGUUCUUUUGAUCUAGGAAGUGUCACUGGAUCUGGGAAUAAGAAACUUUGGACCAUCAUUUGAUAUAACUUUCAAAUUCAAGAGUAAAAGUGAAAAUUUUGUGUAGGUGCGCAGUGGUUUUUAGUGAUGGUAAACAGAAAGCUCUCUUCCGACCUUUACAUAAAAUUUCCCUGAAC